AAAAAAAAAAAAAAAAACACGUUUUAUAUGUGAAUUCAAUGGCUGUAUAAUUCAGUUUUCUCACCUUUUUUUUUUUUUUAUCUUUCAUCUUUUGUUCACAUGGGCAUCUGUGUGUGUGUUUGCGUAUUAGUGAUCAAAUCGACCAUCCUUACAAAAGACAAACGAUAUCAGCAGCUACAGGAUAUAGAACUAGCCUACCAUCAACAUCUAAUCAUACAUCAGCAGAAACCAUGGAUUCUAUUAGUGAGGAUCUAUAUUCACCAUCAGCAUUAGUAUCACAAACAAAGCGACAAGGGAUACAAGCAGCACACCGACGCCAGCAAGCAGAAUCAUCGACAUCAUCAGCAUUACAGUCAUCACAAAAAUCAAUAGCAGAACAUACAUCAAAUAAUACAAGUGAUCAACCAUCUGACAGGAUCGGAAUAGGGAUCAGCGAAAUAAAAAGAGGAUGGGAUACCAACAUUAACAAUGAAAAUCUUCCUGAUCAAGUGGGUGCAAGACGUCAUCUUCCAACAACGAUUCGACCUCAUCGGCGAUUACAUUCAUCACCAUCACGUUCAAUAUCUCAUCGGUACAAUAUCUGGACUGAUGAUGAAUUUAAUGCUCUCAAGGAAGGAUUAAGGAUAUUCAAGGGUAAAUAUUGGAUUGAUAUCAAAAAACGAUUUGCUGAACGUCUCAGUAAACGCACAAAUGUGGACAUUCGUGACAAGGCAAGAAAUGAAGCAAGACGAAGACAUUUACUGGGUCUUCCUAUGGAGGAAUUCCAAUAUGCAUUUUAGUUUUAGUUUAUUUAACUUAUUAGUUAUAUAUAUUCAAUGAAAUAAUAAAAGAAAUAGAUGAUUCUUGGAA